AUGAGCUCGACUCAGGGCUGUGUGGUCUUUGAGGACGUGGCCAUAUAUUUCUCCCAGGAGGAGUGGGGGCAUCUUGAUGAGGCUCAGAGAUCACUGUACCGAGAUGUGAUGCUGGAGAACAUGGCACUUUUGUCCUCGCUGGGUUGUUGCCAUGGGGCUGAGGAUGUGGAGGUGCCUUCUGAGCAAGGUGUCUCUGUAGGAAUGUCACAAGUCACAACUUCAAAGGCCCUUCUAUCCACCAAGAAGACCCAGCCCUGUGAGACAUGUAGCUCACUUCUGAAAGACAUACUGCGCCUGGCUGAUCGUGAUGGAACACAUCCUGAGCAGCGGCUGGAAAAGUGUACAGCAAAUCUUCACCAGCACCAAAAACAGGAGCUUAGAGAGAAACUCUCCAAAGGGGAUAAAAGGAGCCUUUCAUUUAUGAAGAACUGCAGAGUUCACAUGGCAGAGAGGACUUUCCCAUGCAGUGAAUGCGGGAAAGCCUUCACCCACAAACAUAAACUUGUCGACCAUGAGAAAGUUCACACUGAAGAAAGGCCUUAUAAAUGCAGCAAAUGUGGGAUAUUGUUUAUGGAAAAGUCCACACUCAAUAGACAUCAGAGAGUUCACACUGGAGAAAGGCCUCAUGAGUGCAGUGAAUGUGGGAAGGCCUUCCUUUGUAAGUCCCAUCUUGUUCGUCACCAGACAAUCCACUCUGGAGAAAGGCCUUAUGAGUGCAGUGAAUGUGGAAAAUUGUUUAUGUGGAGUUCCACACUCAUUACACAUCAGAGAGUUCACACUGGAAAAAGGCCUUAUGGUUGUAACAAAUGUGGGAAGUUCUUUAAGUGCAACUCCAACCUCUUUAGGCAUUACAGAAUUCAUACAGGAAAAAGGGCUUAUGGUUGCAGUGAAUGUGGGAAAUUCUUUAUGGAAAGGUCCACACUCAACAGACAUCAGAGAAUUCAUACUGGAGAAAGGCCUUAUGAGUGCAGUGAAUGCGGGAAAUUCUUUAGCCUGAAAUCUGUCCUCAUUCAACACCAAAGAGUUCACACUGGAGAAAGGCCUUAUGAAUGUAGUAAAUGUGGGAAGGCCUUCCUUACAAAGUCCCACCUCAUUUGUCACCAGACAAUUCACACUGCAGCAAAGCAGUGCAGUGAGUGUGGGAAAUUCUUUAGGCACAGCUCCACACUCACUGUACAUCAGAGAAUUCACACUGGAGAAAGGCCUUAUGAAUGCCUUGGUUGGUACAAAGGGGCCUUUAUCCACCUCGUAAGGAGACAACAAAUCUCUAAGACGCGUCCAGAAGCAGAGUGGAAACUUCAUAACCCAGAAGACCCUGCGGUGCGCGGAGGCGGGACAGAGCCAAUGAGAGCUUAUGAAGGGACGUAUAUGAGCAUGCGCAGACGCGAGGACGGGACUUCCGGCGCGUUCCUGGGGGCGGCCAUUUUGGUUGGUUUCUCAGGCCUAGGGAGCGCUGGGACGUCACCGAGGCCCACUCUUCCCGAUGAGCUCGACUCAGGUGGGUGCUCGUCCCCGGGCCCUCCGCGGCCCGGCCCCACCUCCGAGUGCCAAAGCUGUGUCCGGUUGACAGGGGCGUUCUGGUGUGGGGCCCCCGUUUCGGCCAGUGUGACGGGGUGUGGGAGGAAGUUCCCGUCGGGGCCGGAACGUGCGAAGGCUCGCGGGUGCCACGGCUUCGACCGCUUUGAGGAACACUGGGGUGGCUGUUGUUUGUGCAGCGAAGAGAGGCUUUGGUGGAGUCUCAGCUGGAAUGUCAACCUGAGCAGCCGGUAG